UCCAGCUCGGAACGGUUCAUUAGGAGCUUCAUGAGUCCUGGUCCGAUAGCCCAAGCCAACCUCGAACGGAAUAAGGCCACCGGCUUCGCAACCCUGGACUGCGAGUAAACACCGCCCUGCCGCGCAUCUUGCGCCAUGGCCUUUCUCUUUGGCCGCACACGACAGCGGUCUGCUCAGGACAUUGUGAGGUCGACGAAGGACUUGCUAUUGAGAUUACCCAAGGAAGAUGGACAGGCGGCCAAGACCGAAGAGGAGCUCGCUCGAAAUUUGGCCCAGAUGAAAGUCACCCUGCAAGGCACCACCGAAGUCGAGAUCACACCUGAUCAAGUCUACCAACUCGUCGGCGCUAUUCUCAACGAAAGCCUUCUACCCGUCCUCGUCGACAGCAUCGCCCGCCUCCCCUUCGAAGCCCGCAAGGAUACACAAACGAUCAUCUCGAACGUCUUCCGGUUUAGAAAUCCGGGCAGCAACUCGAGUGAACCCGAUGCCUUGCGAGAAGUGCUACGACGACAACCCGAAAUUGUCGUCGCACUAUGUAACGGAUAUGACAAGAGGGAGAGCGCUUCGGCGUGCGGUGGCAUACUGAAAGAGGCGCUGAAACACGACGCCGUGACCGCAGUGAUACUCUACGACGAGCCCAGCUCAGACGGCAAACGCAUCGACAUCUACAACGACGUGGACAUCAGCAAACCCUCGUCUGGCAACGGCGUGUUCUGGAAAUUCUUCACCUGGAUCGACAAGUCCAGUUUCGAAGUUAGCGCGGAUGCGUUCGAUUGCUUUCGGCUCAUCUUGACCAAGCACAAGGGUCUCGUGUCGCAGUACAUCAGCACCAACUUCGACUUGUUCUUCCAGAGGUACAACGAUAUCUUGAUCAAGUCGGAGAGUUAUGUCACAAAACGGCAGUCGAUCAAGUUGCUGGGCGAGGUACUGCUCGACCGCCAGUUCUACGAGUGCAUGUGUCGAUACGUCGAAUCGGGGGACAAUUUGAAGCUCAUAAUGUGGCAAUUGAAGGACGAUCGGCGGAUGGUGCAGUACGAGGCGUUUCACGUCUUCAAGAUCUUCGCCGCCAACCCCAACAAAUCGGUCGAGGUGCAAAAGUUCUUGAUCAUGAACAAGCAGCGACUAUUGAAAUUCCUACCAAAGUUCCUGGAGGACCGCACGGAUGACGACCAAUUCAACGACGAGAAAGCCUGGCUGGUCAAGGCGAUUGGCAAUCUACCAGAUUCGACCAGCGCCAUUCGCGCACCAGACGGCGGUGCGGGUGUGCAGCCUUCAAAUGCGGCACAAGUACGAUCAUAA